AUGGGUCCCAAGAAAGAAGUAGCUCGGGAUGCAGAUGGUGAGGAGCAAUAUGGCUCGAUUUACUCCGUCUCUGGACCCGUCGUGGUUGCAGAGAACAUGAUUGGUGUUGCCAUGUACGAAUUGGUUCGAGUCGGACACGAUAACCUCGUUGGUGAAGUCAUUCGAAUCGAAGCGGACAGAGCUACAAUUCAGGUCUACGAAGAGACAGCUGGUGUUACCGUGGGCGAUCCCGUUAUUCGAACUGGAAAGCCUCUCUCCGUCGAACUAGGCCCCGGCUUGAUGGAAACUAUCUACGAUGGUAUCCAACGACCUCUCAAAGAUAUUGCCGAUACUUCCAACAGCAUUUACAUCCCUCGUGGUGUUGCUGCUCCAGCCUUGAGCAGAACGAAGGAUUGGGACUUCAAGCCAACCAUGAAGGUUGGCGACCACAUCACUGGCGGAGAUAUCUGGGGCACUGUCUACGAAAACUCUCUGGUGAACGACCACAAGAUCAUGCUGCCUCCACGAGCCCGCGGUACCAUCACUGGAAUCGCUGGGAAGGGCAGCUACAAGGUCGACGAAAAGCUAUUGGAGGUCGAAUUCGACGGAAAGAAGACCGAGUAUAGCAUGAUGCACACCUGGCCCGUCCGCGUUCCUCGUCCCACCACCGAAAAACUUGCAGCCGACAAGCCAUUCAUUGUUGGUCAACGUGUCUUGGAUGCCUUGUUCCCCAGUGUUCAAGGAGGUACCGUUUGUAUUCCGGGUGCUUUCGGUUGUGGCAAGACUGUCAUUUCUCAAUCAGUCUCAAAAUUCUCCAACAGUGAUAUCAUUAUCUACGUUGGAUGCGGAGAGCGUGGAAACGAGAUGGCUGAAGUCUUGAUGGACUUCCCGGAGUUGUCAAUCGAGAUUGAUGGCCGCAAGGAGCCUAUCAUGAAGCGUACCACACUUAUCGCCAACACUUCCAACAUGCCUGUGGCCGCUCGUGAAGCUUCUAUUUAUACUGGUAUAACAGUAGCUGAAUACUUCCGCGAUCAAGGCAAAGAUGUUGCUAUGAUGGCUGAUUCCUCGUCUCGAUGGGCUGAAGCUCUUCGUGAAAUCUCUGGUCGUCUGGGAGAAAUGCCUGCUGAUCAAGGCUUCCCUGCCUAUUUGGGUGCCAAACUUGCUAGUUUCUACGAACGUGCUGGGAAGGUGCAAGCCCUUGGUGGACCAGAGCGUGAGGGUUCUGUUAGCAUCGUCGGUGCUGUCAGCCCUCCAGGUGGUGAUUUCUCAGAUCCUGUUACCAGCAGUACUCUUGGUAUAGUCCAGGUUUUCUGGGGUCUCGACAAGAAGCUCGCUCAGCGCAAACAUUUCCCUUCAAUCAACACUUCGCUCAGUUACAGCAAGUACACCACUGUCCUGGAUAAGUACUACGAGAAGGACUUUCCAGAAUUUCCAAGACUGCGAGACCGCAUCAAGCAGCUUCUUUCCGAUUCAGAAGAAUUGGACCAAGUCGUACAAUUGGUCGGAAAGUCAGCUUUGUCUGAUCCAGACAAGAUCACUCUCGAUGUUGCCGCUUUGAUCAAGGAAGAUUUCUUGCAACAAAACGGAUACAGUGAUUACGAUCAAUUCUGUCCUAUCUGGAAGACCGAAUGGAUGAUGAAGGCCAUGAUGGGAUUCCAUGAUGAAGCCCAGAAGUCGGUGGCACAAGGUCAAAGCUGGAGCAAGGUUCGAGAGGCUACUUCUGAACUCCAAUCGCAACUUCGAAGCAUGAAGUUCGAGGUUCCCAGCGAUGGGGAGGACGUAAUUGUAAAGAAGUACGAGGAUCUGAUUCAAGCCAUGAAUGAGAAGUUCGCUUCCGUCACUGACGAAUAA